GAUCACUUCGGGCCCCAGGCCACUUUCAUCAACGUCAACACCACCGACCCCGCAGACCCGCCUGGCAUGGACUGGCACGUGGAGCGCGUGGAUGACAUCAUCCCGACAAACUUGUAUGACGCAUUCGUGGCGACACGGCGCCAGCGGCUGGCGGGCGGGGGCGCUGCACCUGGGGGUGGAGGAGGGGGCCGCCCAGGCUGCGCUGGGGGCAGCGGCGCGGGCGGUGGCUACGGGGGCUGCGGGGCACUGCCUGAAAGGGGGUUUUAUGGCAGCUGA